GAUUCCUCCGUGUUCCUCCUGUUCCUCCGCGUUCCUGUAAAUCCUGUAUCGGUGUUGGUGUAUCCUGCAGCCCGCGUUCCCGCGUACAGGUUACGUCGCGUCGCGAAUCUUACGAAAAACUCUCUGUGAAAUUAAUCGACGCGUUUUCGAAAUGAACGCGAAGGAGAAUUCGACGGCGCCAACGACGAAAGGCACGAACGCGUCGAACGCGCCAAACAACGCGAAGCCCUACGGCAAGAUCGUAUUAACGUUGCAAAACUGUCUCCUGCCCGACGAAAAACUCAACUCCACCCCGUCGCAUUCGGAUGGUCUUGAUGCGGAAACCGAAACGGACUUGCGGAUACUGGGAUGCGAACUCAUACAGACGGCCGGCAUUCUGCUAAAAUUACCGCAGGUUGCAAUGGCCACCGGGCAAGUAAUAUUCCAACGGUUUUAUUAUAGCAAAUCUUUAGUUAGGCACAAUAUGGAAACAACUGCGAUGGGUUGCAUCUGCUUAGCCAGCAAAAUCGAGGAAGCACCUAGGCGCAUCAGGGAUGUGAUCAAUGUUUUUAAUCACAUAAAACAGGUCUCCAGCCAAAAAGCGAUACAACCUGUGAUUCUCGAUCAGAAUUACGUAGCUCUGAAGAAUCAGGUGAUCAAGUCGGAGAGAAGAGUGUUGAAAGAAUUGGGUUUCUGCGUUCAUGUAAAACACCCUCACAAGAUCAUAGUCAUGUAUUUGCAAGUGUUGGGAUACGAGAAGAAUCGCACGCUGAUGCAGCAAAGCUGGAACUACAUGAAUGAUUCGUUGCGCUCCGAUGUGUUCUUACGUUAUCAGCCAGAAACAGUGGCAUGCGCAUGCGUUUAUUUGGCCGCUCGUCAAUUGCAGCUGCCUCUACCCACGUCACCCGCUUGGUUCUCGCUGUUCAGAGUCAGCGAGUCGGCAAUCAAAGACGUGUGUCGGCGUAUAUUACGUCUUUACUCGCGACCUCGCGUAAGACCCGAGCAGUUGGAGAAACGCGUCGAGGAAUUGCGACGUCAAUAUGAGGAGGCCAGAACCAAAGCGCGCGGCGGAGACGUUGACGGGCAUACGCCGAGUCCACCAUUGCCGAAACAUCACAACGCCUGGGGUGGAUUCAUCAGUCGCAGUGGCACGCAUGCAGCUCCCGAAAGAACAAAAUCACCUAGGCGCUCAAAAUCUCCGAGUACUUCCCCAUCGCGAGGCGAAGAACAAAAGUAUCCCAGUAAGCGAAAAAGGCAUAGCAGAAGUAGAUCCCGAAGUCACAGUCACAGUAGGUCCAGCAAACCCAAAAAGACGCAGCGAAGACGAUCAGGUAGCCACAAGUCGUCACGAAGAUCCCGUAGUUACAGAUCACGGAGUCGAUCACGGGACAGGGAUUUGGAGAAAUCGAGCAAACACCGUAGUAAGCGUAGACGACUACACUAAAUACUGACACAUAGCCAGAAAUGUUACCCUAUUAUGAAUUAAAUCACGAUUGUACGCAAAUUUGUAAUAUACAGACUUUAUAGGCCUAUCGCA